AUGGCGCCUGCUACACCAGACGAGGGACUAAUGUCGGGGGGCGAGGGGAAGUCGCCGAAGGCAAGAACCAAGAGACUCAAGAGGACGCCAACAGCAACCCCAAGGAAAAGCCCCUCCGUCCGGGAGGACGGGGACAGCAGUGGUAGCGGAAACUCAAAAAUCUUUCAUUAUUUUGGAGCUGGGUCGCCUGAGAAAGGAACGCCAAGGAAGAAACCGGCGACUUCGACACCUGCCGCUGGUGCAGCAGGGGAAGUUCCUCAGCCGGUACUACGGGUAACCGAACCGGCCAAAACCGUGUCGCCUUCACCAGCGCCGACGUGGGGAAAGCUUGUCGAGCCUCGUAAGCAGCAGCGCUGGGAAAUGCUGCGACGUCUGCAAGGCGGAGGCUUGGGCGGGGUUGACCCCACGGCGUGGGCCAGGCGAUCAUACUCCCUGAGUCAUACCCCCGUGUUCCAAGACUUGAGACCCCCAGGCAUGGGCAGUACCAGCGGGUGGGGUUGGGCUUCCCAGAGCCAGGUGUUCGGCGGAGCGCGGGCGUGCCGUGCAUCGCCGAGCGUGCCGCCUCGCGAGAGAAGCGGCGAAACCGGCGGCGACGACGUGCCCGACUCUGCCCGCGCAACCGUCGUCGCCGCGGGCGGAAGAAGCAGAGCCUUGCAGUCGAGAAACUUCAAGGCUAUGGUGGCGUGGCUGUCCUCCUCGCACGCCGCUUCGGCUGUCGCCGUAGCCGCCCCGGUCCCCGCGGCGGCGGGAGCUCCUCGCUCCCCGAGGGCGGCGGCGGCGGCGGCGGCGAAUCCCGCUGACAAAACCCUCCUCGAGAUCGCUCUCGAGCGACAAGAUGGCGGCCCGGCCACCGCCUUCAUGACCCUCAUGUCUCUCGCUCCGGAAGCGCUCGAGGAGGAGGUGGAGGAGGAGGCGGAGGAGGAGGCCAACGAGCCCCUCGCCCUCGCGCUGCGCCUCUACCACGGGGCAUCGACCUGGCGGCGCAUAUCACGGGACCCCCCCCCCCGGCGGCAAGGACCGGGGUCUCGCCUGCACCCGGAUAACCCCGGCCUCGCCGCCGCCGUCGACGAAGCCGACGACCGCGAACGCCGUCGGCGCUCUGGCGCCGAGCACGCGGGAGCGCUAGCGCUGCUGAGUGCCGGGUUGGCUGUCUCUCUGCGGGACGCGGGUGCGAAAGGAAGCGGGGGUCGCCGGGGGACGUCUGGGCGGCGUGACGACCUCGAGGACCCCGACCCGUUGGUGGCGCUGGCUCCGCGGGAGGCACUGACGGCGACCCGGCAGGCGGCGGAGGACCUCGUGGCGGGGCGGAAAGAGCGCGACGGAGAGGGCGGGGCUGCUGCUAUCGUUGUUCUCCGUCUGACCGACGAAGCGCGAGAGGCGAUCCACAGAGUGCACGUGGCUUUCUUCGCCGCGGCCCGGCAUGGGCCGCAGGACGCACCGGUCGUCCUUCGCGAGGGUCUCGAUGAUGGCGUUGUGUUCGCCGGUGCCGCCGCGACCGGUGCUGACGGACACAAAGCGAAGGGGUCGUCGAGAUUCGUUGCUGGGAAAGGGAGGAGGCGACCCGCGCCGCGGGUUUUGAGCUGCGUAGAGGCGUUCGCGGAGUACUACAGGCUGGUGAGCCUUUCGGAUGCGAUGGAGUUGGCGGCCGGUGCAGGAGACCCCGGGCUAGCCUACGGCUCCCUCCACGAGGCGAGCACGGCUCUGUUCCCAUCUGGGUGCCCCCUUUGCCGCCGAAAUCACCUUCGGCACCGCACCGUAACGGCGGAUUCGGUCGAUGGGGGGGGGGCAGCCCUACCAACGACGACGACGACGCCCCCUCCGCACUGCGAUAUCUGCGAGCUGUCGGCGCGGGUUGUCAUGCGCGGGGUUGGUUUGAUGGAGAGAGAUAAGGACUACGACAGCGCCUUCCACUACCUGGACAUACUUCUGCAGGCGUCCUCCCAGAGGCUGAGCGUCCACCGGCCUCGGUACUGGGUUAGGCUGGUGACGGACCUCGGCCACAAGAAACGGUCGAUGGCGGCGCUGCAAGCUUGCGAGAAGGCGCUAGCGGAGGCGUCCCUGCCGCCUCCGGCGGAAUCGACGGCCGCCUCGCCGGCGGUUACGAUGAGGACCCCCGCCGUCGAAGCGGCACAAGAGGGGUUUCCGGAGCGGAGAGAAGCGGGGGAGGGGGAGGGGAGGGUCGGAGGGUCGGAGGGCGGGGAUAGGGGCGACGGGGGGAAGGGGCGCAGUGGGUAUGAGGGGGGGGGAUCGGCGGGGAUCGCUCCAGGAACCAGCUUGGAACAGGCGGUGUUGAAUGCUAUGCUGGCUGAGCUUGAACCUGGUUGGAAGGGCUUGCACGCGGAGAAUAGCAUUUGCUUGGGCCUGUUCGCUUUGCUCUGCUGGGACGCCCUGUUUGCACCCCUGGUGCCCGCAUCACCCGGGGCAAUCGCUGCCACGCCCGGGACCCCCGUUCGCCGGCCACGAGAACCAAUGGCCGACGCCUCGGGGGAACCUGCCCCCAUCGCCAAAGAGCCGCGUAAUGGCCAAGAAGAGGGAGAACCGCAGGACCCGCAUUGUUCGGCCAAGCCCAGUGGUCGCUGCAGAGGGAGUGGUGCACGGUCGGGAGGCUCGACAGCAGUGGCUCGAGUUAAUCUCCCCGACGGUGCGUCUGCGUCCAUGGGCGGAAGCACCUGCUUCGAAGUCACUCGGGAUGACCCUUCUCUGUCAGCGGGUGGUGAAGAAAACGGUGUUUUCUACCCGUUCCCCUCGCCGUUCCAAAGCGAGCCGGCCGACCUGAUGACUCCCGCCUUCGCCAGGCGGCGUCGCAGUCUGUUGGGAGGCGUGUUUGAGAGCAUCGAGCGUGGGCGCGCGGUGGCGAUGAUUCGCCAGGCGUGGUCGAGGCACUACGGCAAGGCGUGUACCGGUCUGAACUGGAACCUGUUUCCUAACGGAGUGGAGGGCUGGGCUACCGUGGCCUCUGCCAUUGGACCUCUGCCGCUGUCGUGCAUUUGCAGAAACCUGGCUUCUAACUACUGGGCGUGGCGGCACGGCUUGCCGGACCUGUUCCUCUGGCGCGAAAACGCCGCUGCCGAACAGGCCGCCACCGCCGAAACAAGCAGGUGCCCCAUGGCGGGUUCGUCCGACCAAGACGCCAGCGAUUUUGGAGCGGACUCUGACCCAGCGGGGUCUCAAGCAACGGUCUCCUUGGACAAAGACAGGAGGAAGAAUGGUGGGGGCCGAAUGGCUACGACAGCGGACGUUGAAGUGCUGCCCAGAAAAGAGGCGUGUUGCAAGUGGGUUGAGGUCAAGGGGCCCGGGGAUAGUCUCAGCUGCGCCCAGGAGGCGUGGAUCGAUGCCCUUGUUGGUGCCGGGGCGGACUUUGCGGUGCUUCGGGUUGAGGACGCCGCCGCCGGGUUACCUAGAUGA